AUGGAUUUUCGCAAAGUAAUCUUCCAAAUUGUACUUCUAUUACUCCUCAACUACAAAACCGGAGAAUCCUACGGUGUCCAGUGUACUGGAGAGUGGACAGUGGAUCAAACCAUAAUUUCAAUCGGCACCAACCUGACCGUGAGCUGCCGAUCCAACACUGUGCAAUGUGGCCGUGUCUUCAUCAUUACACUUGAAAAUGUGGAAGUUCUGCAAGAAACCAGCUGUUCCAUUGUGACAACCCAGAUAAUUAUGAGGCAGCCAAAACUCUCACUUUCCUGUUUUAUUGAGCAGGAAGGGGUGCGUUCUCUGGUGUGUGGAAAAGACAUUGUGGCGAACCAAAUCCCAAGUACUCCACAAAUCAUGAAUAUUGUGUUUGCAAAAGGCUCCCUGUCCCCCACUAUCCACUGGCAGAGCUCUGAUGAUAUGGACUUACUAACACCAGUCUUGAGCAUUCAAAGAGCGGACAUAGCUUCAAACUGGAUGGAGGUGAAUGUGACUCAGCUUCAUAAAGGAGAACUUGAACUGCUGGAGGAUCUGGAGCCACUGACCCUUUAUCAUUUUGAGCUGAGAGUCUGCAGAACAUCACUGCUUUAUAACUGCAGCUUGUGGAGUGAGUCGAUCAGUCUUAGAAGCCCAGGCAAAGCCCCUCUUAAGAAACUUGAUGUGUGGAGGGUAAUUUCAAGAAACGAACUGAAUGCCACUCAGAUUGUGAAAAUAAUUUGGAAGGCUUUAGGUGAAGAGGAUUAUAAAGGACACUUACUCGUUUAUGAAUUGGUCUAUCAAGACAAGAACACUACACACAUUCUGAACUGCUCAGCCACUGCGCUCACUUACACCCUCCAACUGCCCCUGGAGGUAACAGAGCUGAAUGUCAGUGCUGUUACAUCAGCAGGAAGUUCCCCUCCAGCCUCUGUCAGUUUGGCAUGUUUAGACAGAGCGGCUCCAGAUUUGUACCUAAAGCAAGCAGCAGCGGGGAGGAUACACCUGGAGUGGAAUACAUCUUCCAUAUCGUUCAGUACCACCUCACAGGACAUGCUGGGUUAUGUAGUCCAGUGGCAGUGCUCUCCAUCUCAAGUGCAGUGGAAGAGAAUUGAGAAAGACAGCAAUUCAACAUUUAUUCAAGGUACAGAAUAUGACGGUGUGUCCAGGCCUGCUUUUGGACACAUUAUAACCAAUUCACCUUUAAAUCAAAAAGGUACCUUCAACAACUACAAAACCCAUCAAACAAGGCCCAACCAUUUUGAAAAGUCAAGUGGAAGCCCUGAGGUGGUGGAUGUGCAAGCUGCUGCAAAGUGGCCCAAAAGUGGAACAAUACUCGUAAUUUGCAUAAUAGCUGCAGUUCCCAUCAUCAUCUUAGUAAAUCUGCUGUACCUAAAAUGUGUCCGCCAAAGAUUGAGGAAAGCAUGUGUGUCAGUGGGACCCUCGUGGCUUUUUGUGACUUUACCAAAGCUUGGAAACAGUAAUGCUAUCAAACUACUAAAGGGUGAAUAUGGUUCUGAUCUGUGCUGGCAGUCUGUGGACUGUGACCCACCAUUAUCUCCAGUGGAGGUCUGUACGCCUCUUGUGGAAAGGAGAAACUCGUACCCCACUGUGCAUGAAGAGGUCAUCAUAGAGAAGAGAAAGGUCGCUCAAGAUUGGACAGUUUGUCCUUACAAACCUCAAAUCUCCAUUACUUCUCAAAAAACAGAAGCAGCAUCAGAGGCUGUCGAGGAGGACGAGGAUGAGCAUUGCUGGGGGACUUUUUCUUCCCCGGUCUUCAAGUUUGAAGAACAGUUUCUUCCAAGUCAAACAGUGCAUACAUCUCUGAAUAACUGCCUGACCCUGGACGGAAGGCCGGUAUCCCUGGAUGUCGUUGAUGGCUUUCUCUUUUUCGAUCAGACUACUUUGAUUUGA